AUGCCUGUUCGCAGAGGUCAUGUGGCACCACAAAAUACAUUUUUGGGUACAAUCAUACGAAAAUUUGAAGGGCAAAAUAAAAAAUUCAUCAUUGCUAAUGCUAGAGUGCAGAACUGUGCUAUCAUCUACUGCAAUGAUGGGUUCUGUGAGAUGACCGGGUUCUCCAGGCCAGAUGUCAUGCAGAAACCUUGCACCUGUGAUUUUCUUCAUGGGCCAGAGACCAAAAGACAUCAGAUUGCCCAAAUUGCUCAGGCACUGCUGGGGUCAGAGGAGAGGAAAGUAGAAGUCACCUAUUAUCACAAAGAUGGAUCUACCUUUAUUUGCAACACCCACAUAAUCCCUGUGAAAAAUCAAGAGGGAGUAGCAAUGAUGUUUAUUAUUAACUUCGAGUAUGUAACAGAUGAAGAGAAUGUGGCAUCUCCUGAGAAGUCCAAACCAAUAUUGCCAUCCAAACUUGUAAAUCGUAAACUUUUUGGGUUCCGGUUACCUGGAUUGAGACUUCUAACAUACCGAAAGCAGUCCUUACCACAGGAAGACCCUGAUGCAGUGAUAGUUGACUCAUCUAAGCACAGUGAUGACUCGGUGGCGAUGAAGCACUUUAAAUCACCUACAAAAGAAAGCUGUAGUCCUUCAGAAGUGGAUGAUACAAAAGCACUGAUUCAACCCAGUAAAUGUUCACCUUUGGUUAAUAUAUCAGGACCUCUUGACCAUUCAUCACCUAAACAGCAAUGGGACAGACUUUACCCUGACAUGAUACAGACAAGCAAUCCACUAACCCACUCCAGAUCAAAGGAAAGCAUCUGUAGUAUACGGAGAGCCUCUUCAGUACAUGACAUAGAAGGCUUUAACAUCCAUCCCAAGAACACUUUUAGGGACCGUCAUGCAAGUGAAGACAAUGGUCGCAAUGUCAAAGGGCCUUUUAAUCAUAUCAAGUCAAGUCUGUUGGGAUCCACAUCAGAUUCAAAUCUCAACAAAUACAGUACAAUCAACAAAAUUCCUCAACUCACACUGAACUUUUCAGAUAUCAAAAGCGAAAAAAAAUCUUCAUCUCCUCCUUCCUCGGAAAAAGCAAUUAUUGCACCUAAGGUGAAAGACCGAACGCACAAUGUAACAGAGAAAGUUACCCAGGUUCUGUCCUUAGGGGCUGAUGUUCUACCAGAAUAUAAACUCCAGACACCUCGCAUCAACAAGUUUACUAUAUUGCACUAUAGUCCUUUCAAAGCCGUCUGGGACUGGCUCAUUUUGUUGCUGGUAAUAUACACCGCCAUAUUUACCCCUUACUCUGCUGCCUUCCUUCUGAAUGAUAGUGAGGAACGGAAGAGGAGAGAAUGUGGAUAUUCUUGCAGCCCAUUGAAUGUUGUAGACUUAAUUGUGGAUAUUAUGUUUAUUAUUGACAUUCUAAUCAACUUCAGAACAACGUAUGUAAACCAGAAUGAAGAAGUGGUAAGUGACCCAGCAAAAAUAGCAAUUCACUACUUCAAAGGCUGGUUCCUAAUUGACAUGGUUGCUGCAAUACCUUUUGACCUGCUGAUUUUUGGCUCUGGCUCUGAAGAGACAACAACAUUAAUAGGUCUGCUGAAGACAGCUAGACUGCUGCGUUUGGUGAGAGUAGCACGGAAAUUGGACAGAUAUUCAGAAUAUGGUGCUGCAGUUCUGAUGCUCCUUAUGUGCAUCUUUGCACUAAUUGCACACUGGCUUGCUUGCAUUUGGUAUGCCAUUGGAAAUGUAGAAAGACCUUACUUGGCUCACAAGAUUGGCUGGUUGGAUUCUUUAGGAGAACAAUUAGGAAAGCAUUACAAUAAGAGUGACGCAAGCUCCGGGCCGUCCAUCAAGGACAAAUAUGUUACAGCACUUUAUUUUACCUUCAGCAGUCUGACAAGUGUAGGAUUUGGAAAUGUGUCUCCAAACACCAACUCAGAGAAAAUCUUUUCCAUCUGUGUCAUGUUGAUUGGCUCCUUAAUGUAUGCUAGCAUUUUUGGAAACGUUUCUGCAAUAAUCCAAAGACUCUACUCGGGAACUGCAAGGUAUCACAUGCAGAUGCUGCGAGUAAAAGAGUUUAUACGCUUUCAUCAAAUCCCCAACCCUCUGCGGCAGCGACUUGAAGAGUACUUCCAGCAUGCAUGGACAUAUACCAACGGCAUUGACAUGAACAUGGUCCUGAAGGGGUUUCCAGAAUGCCUACAAGCUGACAUUUGCCUGCACCUCAACCAAAAUUUACUUCAGAAUUGCAAAGCUUUCCGUGGGGCCAGCAAAGGCUGUCUUCGAGCUUUGGCUAUGAAAUUUAAGACAACACAUGCACCGCCUGGAGACACUUUAGUGCAUUGUGGAGAUGUUCUCACUGCUCUUUAUUUUGUAUCAAGAGGCUCCAUUGAAAUCCUUAAGAGUGACAUUGUUGUAGCCAUUCUUGGCAAAAACGAUAUUUUUGGAGAGAUGGUACAUCUUUAUGCAAAACCAGGAAAGUCAAAUGCAGAUGUGAGAGCUUUAACUUACUGUGACUUACAUAAGAUCCAGCGAGAAGAUCUAUUGGAAGUUUUGGAUAUGUACCCUGAAUUUUCUGACCUUUUCCUCACCAACCUAGAACUGACUUUUAAUCUCAGAGAUGAAACUGCAAAGUCUGACCUCAUAAUAAGAUCACAAACUACUAAUGAUAUGGAUGGAGAUAACUGCAACCUACGAAGACGGAAAUUGUCCUUUCAGAGUGAAAUAGAGAAAGAGAAUGACCACAGUGAUCCUGAACCUUCAGGGGACACCACCACAUACUAUCAACCUACGAAGAAACACUUUGAGGAGAAAAAAAGUGGGUCAUCAUCUUUUGUUUCCUCCAUUGAAGAUGAGCAAAAGCCCCUGUUCUCUGGGAUAGCUGAUUACCCAUCUGUAACAGACAAAACUACAGACAUCGACUUUGAAGAAAUGGUUCAUGCCACAGAAGAAAUUCUCAUUGACAAAAGAAGCAGUUCUUGUAAAGAUAUCACUGAUAAAAGAAGCUGGGAGCAGGAGAACAUCCGAGAGUAUCAGGACUCCCCAGUUCAGUCAGCAUUACCUCACGUUUCAUGGGGGAUCUGUGAAACUGAAAGCGACUUUAUAUAUGGGGAAGUAGAGAAUCGAUUAGAUAUACUUCAAGAGCAACUCAACAGGCUUGAAUCCCAAAUGACUGCUGACAUCCAAACCAUCCUUCAGCUUCUGCAAAGGCAGUCAACACUGAUUCCACCUGCCUAUAGCAUGGUGACUGCAGGGGCAGAGUAUCAACAGCCAGCAAUCCAGGUGAUAAAAAAGCUUCAACCUGCAGCAUCAAUUAAAACAGACAAAAGUUUCAGUCCUUCAUCUCAGUGUCCUGAAUUUCUAGACCUUGAAAAAUCGAAACUUAAAUCCAAAGAAUCCCUCUCAAGUGGAGUGCAUCUUAACACAGCCUCAGAAGACAACUUGGCUUCUUUCUUAGAUCAAGAACAUGACCAGCCUGUAGCAUGCCCCCCACAACACUGUAAAACUUAUCUCCAGCCAGUUAGGCACCCUUCCUUGCCAGAAUCUUCAAUAAGCACUGUAGGAAUCUUGAGUCUUCAUAGGCAUGUUUCUGAUCCUGGUCUUCCUGGGAAAUAA